AUGACAGUGAAGACGCAGUGGGCGCAGCUGGCUGCAGUUCGGGGAGCGAUCAACCAAGUACUGCUUGUGUUUUUGAUCAAUGUACCGACGGUGUCGUUCGGGCUGGCGCUGGGCUGGGUGUCGCUGGUCAGCGGCGAGACAGCGGCGGGCGAGGGCGGUGGCGCGGGAGGCAAGGGUGGCGAUGAAGCGGGGCGAGCCGCUGUGAUAGCCUCCGUGACCACGUUCACCGCGUCGCUGGUGGGCGUGCCUCUGAGCGCACGCGCGCUGCUCGCCGGCAGGAAGGUCGCGCUCAUCGCCACUUCAGCUUGCUUCGUGGUGUGCUGGUCGCUGAAGCUGGCCAGCGUGUGGGGCGGCGCCGUGUGGGGCGGCGCGUGGCUGGUGCUGGCGGCGCGCGCGGCGGCCGGGCUGGGGGGCGCCGCCGCCUGGGCCCUGGCGCCGCUGCUGGCCGGCGAGAUGUGCAGCCCGCGGUUCCGCGGCGCGGCGGUGGCGGCGCUGGCGCUGGCGCACAACUGCGGCGCGCUGCUCAUGUACCUGGCGGCCGACGCGGCCGCGCCGCAGCGAACAAUCCUGUGGUGGUGUCUGGGUUUGUCGGUUACGCACUGCGUCGUCUUCUCGUUUCUACCUGAGUCGCCCUCGUUCCUCGCGGCCAAAGGAAGAGUUAAGGAGGCGAGCGCGGCGCUGGCGUGGCUCCGCGGGCUGUCGGUGGCCGACCCCGCGCUGGAGGCCGAGCUGCGCGCGCUGCCUCCCAUAGAGCGCGCGCAGUCCUCCUGGAGCCUCACCAGAGAAAUGUUGAGCGACCCGCAAAGACGUCGCGCCUUUAUAAUCGGUGCGCUGGCGGUGAUUGGGCAGGAGGCGUGCGGCGUGCUCGCCAUCCUGCAGUACGCGGAGCGCGUGUUCGUACUGGCGCGAGACGAGGAAGCCCACGUGACGUCACAGCUGUCGCCCGCGCUCAACGUGACGUCACAGCUGUCGCCCACGCUCAACGUGACGUCACAGCUGUCGCCCGCGCUCAACGUGACGUCACAGCUGUCGCCCGCGCUCAACGUGACGUCACAGCUGUUGCCCGCGCUCGACGUGACGUCGCCGUUGUCGCCCGCAAGACAAGCUGUCAUAGUGGGCGCUGUCCAGCUCGUCGCGUCCGCGCUGGCGCUGUAUCUCGUCGAGCGAGUAGGAAGGAGGCCGCUGCUGGUGUGGAGCGCGGGCGCGGCGGGCGGCGCGCUGGCGCUGGCGGCGGCGCUGGCGGGGCGCAGCGCGCGCGGCGCCGCGGCCGCGCUCGCGCUCGCCGUCGCCGCGGACUCCGCCGGCCUGCAGCCCGCGCCCUACGCGCUGCUGGCCGACAUGUUCCACUACCAGUUCCGCGGCUGCGCGCUGCUGCUGGCCAGCGCGGGCGCGAGCGCCGGCAACGCGCUGGAGGUGGCGCUGUUCCCGCUGGCGGCGCGCGCCGGCCUGCGCGCCGCGCUGGCGCUGGCCGCCGCGCUCACGCUCGCCUACGCGCUGUUCGCGGCGCUGCUCGUGCCCGAGACGCGCGGCCGCCAGCCCGAGCAGAUCUACGCGGAAGUGGGGCCCGCGCCGCCGGGCGCCGGUGGGCGGACAGAGUGCACGGGCGUUACGAUGGGCUUACUGGACAAGUUGUCAGCGUGGUUCAGCGGUGGCGAACAAGCCACAGUGUUGGUGCUCGGCUUGGACGGAAGCGGAAAGACGUCCACGCUCAAUGCCAUGCGUCCUCCUGAGCAGCGCGUGACGCACACCGUGCCCACUGUUGGGCACCAGAAGGAUUACUUCCAGAGUGGCGGAGUGUCGUUCAGCGCGUGGGACGUGUCAGGCGCGGCGCGCAUGCGCCCGCUGUGGGAGCGCCACUACCGCGACGCGCACGCCGUCAUCUUCGUCGUGGACUCCGCGGACCACCUGAGGCUGGUGGUGGCGCGCGAGGAGCUGGAGCUGCUGCUGGCGCACCCCGACAUGUUCGGGCGGCGCAUCUCUCCCUUUUUUCGAACUCUCGGGCUGGAGCGCAUCGGCGACAAGCCGUGGCACGUGUGCUCGAGCAGCGCGCUGUCGGGCGCCGGGCUGGCGGACGCCGUCGCCUGGCUGGCGCGCCAGCUGCGGGAGCGGCGCGCGCGCUGA